AUGGCUCAAAGAUUUAUGCGAAGAAAUGAUGAUGAUGAUCAAAGUUAUGAUGAGUUAGGAAAUGAUAGAAGUCUUGAGUUGUAUGAUGAUGGUUAUACAGGAAAAAAUGUUGAUCAUAAAAUAAUUCGGGGUCCACGACUUGAACAACUUGUUAAUAUAUGUCCUCAUCCACCAUAUAUUAGAAAUAUGAAAGAAGUACCUCCAUCUGAUAAUGUUGUAUUUAUGAUCAAACCAUUUAGAUAUGAUCAAUCUAAACCUAAUGAUUAUCCAUUUUCAAUAAAUGGUCCAAAUCGUUAUAAUGAUGUAUGGAAUGAACAUUAUGUUCGGAUGCCAUGUUCACCAUUAUACGUUUCUAAGAAAACUCGUCAACCUCAAUGGCCUAUUUUUUGUCAGUUAUUAUUACAACUCAAACAAAAAUGUGAUAAUCGAUCAGCGACUAUUGACGAUUUGAAAAAUGCAAUUGAAACAUUUGCCGGACGUUCUUACAAUAUAGAUAGUCUUCGAUUUCUUAUUACUGAAAGUUUCUCGGCUGAACAACGUUCAUAUUUCAUGUCUGCUGUUCUAGCAAAUAUAUGUACAUUAGCAUUAAAUAUGGAUAUAUUAUGUAGUCAACCACCACCUUUAUUACGUAGUGGAUCAAAUCGAUCUCUAACAAUGUCACAGCAACAAGCGGCUUCGCUAUUAGCGGCAUCAUUUUUUUGUUUAUUUCCAUUUCGUUCGGAUGGUAAAGCCAAAAAAGAAUAUGAUCAUUUUCAAAAUCCAAAUUUUAAUACAUUAUAUCAACGUGGACCUAAAGAAAAGAUCGAAAAACUUAGAUGUAUCUUGCAUUAUUUCGAACGUAUUACUGCAAAAAUGCCUAAUGGUGUCAUUACUUUUCAACGUUAUUCAUUGCAUCAUCAAGAUUCACCAAAAUGGGCUCAAUCUGAGAAAGGUAUUGCUCCUAUGCAUUUAACAACAGGAAAACGAAUAGAAGAUAUCAACUGUGUUUUACAAGUGGAUUUUGCUAAUAAAUAUAUAGGUGGUGGUGUAUUAACUGCAGGUUGUGUACAAGAAGAAAUACGAUUUUCAAUUUGUCCUGAAAUGCUUGUUAGUUUACUUGUUUGUGAAGCUAUGGAACCAAAUGAAUGUAUUCAUUUGAUUGGUUGUGAACGAUAUUCAUCAUAUAAAGGUUAUUCAGCAACAUUUCAAUAUGCUGGAGAUUAUGUGGAUAAUAAACCUAAAGAUAAUUGGGGUCGAAAAUGGUGUCAUUUAGUUGCUAUUGAUGCACUUUAUUUUCGUGAUCAAACAACACAAUAUCAUAUGAAAAAUAUUAAUCGAGAAUUAAUUAAAGCGUAUACUGGCUUUUAUACGUCAAGACAAACACUCGAUUGUGCAUAUCCUGUUGCGACAGGAAAUUGGGGUUGUGGUGCAUUCAAUGGUGAUAAACAAUUAAAAGCAAUUAUUCAAUUAAUAGCAGCAUCACAAACUGUACGUCCAUUGAUUUAUGCAGCUUAUGGUGAUAAAUAUUUAAUCGAAUCAUUCUCUGUCGUUUUUGAUCAUUUAAUAAAUCAACGAGCUACUGUGGGUGAUUUAUAUCGUUAUCUUCAGGAAUAUUCUAAAGUACCUUCACCACCAUCUCUCUUCGAAUAUAUUCUACGAACACCUGCUAAACAACUUCGUUCAUAA